AUGUCGGACGGGAAGUACGUCGACGGCAGUAUCUACUUCUAUGCGCCUAACAAGGGUGCUCCGGUGUUCUUUGCCGUUGCCUUCGGUGCAUCUGGUAUUUGGCAUAUUUAUCAGUGCCUUCACUACAAGAGCUGGAUAUUGACCGGCUUCUAUGUAUCCUGCGCUGUCCUAUUCACUGCCGGCUUCAUUGUCAGAGAACUUGGCGCCUUUGACUAUGGUGACUUGGUCAAGUUCAUCGUCAGCACCUGUCUGGUAUACGCAGCGCCACCCAUCGCCGAGCUAGCCAAUUACAACAUCCUCGGAAGAAUCCUGUACUACGCCCCAUACCACUCACCGAUCCACCCUGGCCGUGUUAUCACCACCUUUGCCUUCAUCUCCACUGUCGUCGAGGCCCUUAACGGCAACGGUGCAUCGCUAAGUGCUAACCAGUCCCUUCCGCGCUGGAAGCAAGACAUUGGUCGGAACCUCCUCAAAGCGGCGCUUUUGAUCCAGGUCGUCGUCAUCGCUCUCUUCCUUCUCCUAGCCGGCGUGUUCCACCGUCGGUGCCGUCGCGGCGGCAUCAGGAGCGCCAAGAUGGAGAAGGUCCUUUGGACGCUCUACGCGUCGACCAUACUCCUAACCAUCCGAACCAUCUUCCGCGUGGUCGAGUACUGGAGCAUAGCGGAUCUUCACUACGACGACAAAUCUGUCGACCCGAUGUCGUUCAGUCCGAUCAUCCGUUACGAGUGGUUCUUUUAUGUGUUUGAGGCGAGCCUGAUGCUCAUCAACCAGGUGCUGAUGAACGUCAGACAUCCGAGGAGGUACCUGCCGAAAAGCACCAAGACGUAUCUGUCGGCAAGGGACGGGAAGACCGAGGUCACUGGACCGGGGUACAGUGACAAAAGACCGUUUUUGGUGACGCUGGUUGAUCCGUUUGACCUGGGAGGGCUGAUCAAGGGGACAAAAAAGAAUGUCAAGUUCUGGGAGGAGGAGGAUGGGCACAAGGAUGGCAAGCCGGAAAGCCAGACGGCGAAGGCUACUAAGAAUGAGCCUAUCGGUGAUGACAUUGAAGCGGCACGAUGA